UGGGGUGUUUCCUUGGCAGGCGAAAGAGAGCGUACGGACGUUGGCACUAACGUUCCUCAUCCCAGCUAGGGUCUUUCGGUGGUGGCGGGGGGCGGGUGGUCAAGUUCCUACUGGUGGGAAGGCGGGGCGGGGCUCGUUCUGACUUUGUCUGUGAGCAGAGACCUGUUCCCGCCCUAGCCAAUUGCACUUGCGAAACCGCAGCACGAGGGUGGGCGCAACUGGAGGCUGGGCAGAGGGGCAGCUGAGUAGGGGGACGCGCCAGGAUGGAUGCAGUUCUUGAGAGGCUCUGGCCGCGGGCCUUUGCUGUCCACCCAACCGGAGGUGGAGCUGCCCCAGGACAGUUAGGCUAUAUUAAUGGGACCCUGCGCCUGGUUGGCCUCUGGUAGUAGGGGCCUAUUUUCUUUAGUUGGUACCCGCGUGUCCCUCUCAGUCUCAGCUCAGUGAAGAGUCUUCUUGACCCAGCCCGGCCCCGCCCUCAGAGAGGCGGACUGCGGGUGGAUGACGCGCGCGGGGCUUCCCGAGGAGGGGCUUCUGUAGAACGACACGCAGGAAGAGGUUCCUCAGUGGAUAACUCGAGCCAAGGGUCCCCGUCCUCGUCUCAAUCCUAUUAUCUGACCCUCCAGACCUCCAGCCCAACCUGUUUGAAUUCUCCCAUUUGUCCACUAGUGAGUGUGAUAGAACAUCCCCCCCUUCCUUCAGGUUUCCAGGGCCCGCCUGCCCUGACAGUCCUGAUGGGCAGACUCUGGCCCCGUCCCAGACCCCCACCGCUGCAACUUCCACAUUCAUGAGGAGGCAAGAUGGCGAGUGGGCCAAAUGGGCUCGAGGAGUGGGUGGGCAGCGCAUACCUGUUUGUGGAGUCCUCGCUGGAUAAAGUGGUCCUGUCUGAUGCCUACGCUCACCCCCAGCAGAAGGUGGCGGUGUACAGGGCUCUGCGGACUGCACUGGCAGAGAGUGUUGGGAGUCCGGAGGUGCUGCAGAUGCUCAAGAUCCACCGCAGUGAACCGCAGCUGAUUGUGCAGGUGCGUUUCUGCGGACGCCAGCCCUGCAGCCGCUUCCUGCGCGCUUAUCGCGAGGGGGCGCUGCGCGCCGCGCUGCAAGGGUGCUUGGCAGCAGCACUCGCCCAGCAUUCGGUGCCGUUGGAACUGGAGCUGCGCGCUGGCGUGGAGCGACUGGAUACCUUGCUGACGGAUGAAGAGCGCUGUUUGAGUUGCAUCUUCGCCCAGAAGCCUGACCGGCUCCGGGACGACGAGCUCUCUGAGUUAGAGGAUGCGCUCCGGAAUCUGACAUGCGGCUCAGGGGGCCAGGGUAGCGACGUGGAGGUCGCUCCGGUGCCCUCGCAGUCCCUGGAUGCCUCUCUCUCAGACGAGAAGCCGCCGCCGCCGCCGCCGCCAUCUGGCCAGACUUUUCUGUUCCAGGGUCAGCCCAUAGUGAACCGGCCGCUGAGCCUGCAGGACCAACAGACGUUCGCGCGCUCAGUAGGCCUCAAGUGGCGCAAAGUGGGGCGCUCCUUGCAGCGAGGCUGUCGUGCGCUGCGGGACCCGGCGCUCGACUCGCUGGCCUAUGAGUACGAGCGCGACGGGCUGUACGAGCAGGCCUUCCAGCUGCUGCGGCGCUUCGUGCAGGCCGAGGGUCGCCGCGCCACGCUGCAGCGCCUGGUAGAGGCACUAGAGGAGAACGAGCUCACCAGCCUGGCAGAGGACUUGCUGGGCCUGGCGAAUCCCGAUGGCGGCCUGGCCUAGGUUGGGUACCAGAGAAAGGGACGAACGGCCAGUUGUCCAGCCCAGGUUUGGAGCACUUGGAUGACCCUAGAGUCCCUUCUGCUGCUACUGCUGAGCUCUGUCCAUCCAUGGGACUCUGAGACCACACUUAUAACCCCACUUAGCCGAACUGUUGGAGCUGCUGGGCAGUGUUGAUUGCCUUCUUCAAGAGUUGGGCAAGCACCCACCAUGCCUACUGGGGUGCCACUGGGGAUUUGGCUCCAGAUACUAUGACAGAGACAGAGUGCAUGGGUGACCUGCUGCAGCAGUCUGCCCACCCCAAAUGAAGGGCUUCUGGCCAGCCCUUACCUCUUCACUCACUGAACAGGUAACUGCUCAUUAAGCACUUGCUGUGUCCUAGUUAUCAUCCUGGUGCUGUAAAUACUGUGGUGAACAAGAUACAUGAAACUGCCUGGCCCCAGUUCAUACUCAGUGUCGGACUGCAGAUAUUAAGCAACUGUAAUAAAAUAUCACCUGUU